AUGAUUAAUCGCGUUAUGAAUGAGUUUCAGACAAACACUCUUCAGAUUGGCGUCAAACUGGAGGUCAGGUCUCAACAUUUGCCGCUAUUGGUGCCGCAAAUCCAUUCCUCUCACACAUCGGUUCCAGACGGCGUUGUGCAGGAGUGGGACAUCGAGGACACGGUGGGCAACUGGUGGAGGCCUAACUUCGAGCCCCCGCAGUACCCCUAUAUUCCUCCGCAUAUCACGAAACCUAAAGAACAUAAGCGACUCUUUUUGGUUCAGUUGCCGGAGAAGGCGUUGUUUGCUGUGCCCAAGAACUACAAACUGGUGGCCGCGCCGUUGUUCGAGUUGUACGACAACGCCCAGGGAUACGGACCCAUCAUCUCCAGUCUGCCGCAGGCUUUGAGUCUUUCAACGCUAGAGAACUGGCAGUGA